AUGGAACCAGUCGAAGGCCAGGGAAGCCCCCCCAAAGUCCUUGACAGACUCUUCAAAACUACAAAAACUUCCACUAUCCCCCAUCUCACAGAACUUCGCAAGGCCCUUGGCUACGGCAACCCAGGCCAAGAACAGGACAUCGCCUUUAAAAGGGCCAUCAGAGCCCAGAUCGAGUCCUUCGUAUCUCCUAGCACCAAACUACCUGCAUAUAAACUCACCAAGUGGAGGUUGCCUCUUCACCAGAGAGGACUCCAAGAGGUCACCAAAGACUUUCUCGAUACCAAGGGAAGGGGGCCUGAGUUCUGGCCUGCGAGGCAUAACUCUGUCAACACAAGGUGUCUUGAAUAUUCUAAAGACUCUUCUCGGAUACGUCGUCUCAUGAUCAAAGUCUUUUGGCGUGCAGCCCGAGAGUACAAGCGAAACAAACCCUCAAACUCUACCACCACCAAGCUACCAUCACAGCCUAGCGAUAGAGACACUUCACCAUUAAAGCCCCCGGACACGCCGAGUGACGACAAACACCAAGUCCUCAAUAACUCGCAUAUUAUCAAAGGCCAGAGUAUCGACAACCCUAUAGAUGUUGAGAGCAUGCAGUCCAGGACCAACACAUCAGGGCUGUCCACAGACGAUCCCUUUGCAGGCCAGGGAGUGAUUUUCAAUUUUAUUCUUGCACAACAACGACGAGAUACGCCAGAGGAAAGCUCGAGUUCUGAACCCUUUUCGUCUUCUCAAUUAGUCCCUGACACAGAGGGAAACAUGAUGCCUAUUCCCGAAGAAGCAGAGAGCGCGUCCAGGACAGACCUGUACGAAGUGCCUCCAAGCCCUCCAGGGGCCACUGAAACUGCACAUAUUAAUGGCAAGCGCCCGGUCGAGCCAGACUCCAAUGAUAUCAGCCGCCAGGCCAAAGUACCUAGACAAGACCCGAGCACGUCUGCGAAACCGACACGUCAGCCUCCAAAGAGCACUCGAGGUGGCAGAAAGACACAGAGCCUCCCUCCCAGAGUCCGAAGCUCUCAGCGGAAGAGCAAGCCAGUCUAUCGCCAGGGGGCUGCUACAGAAGAACAGAUUCAAGCUUUGGAGGACCCAACCCCAACUCCGUCACCUCCCCCAGCUGUAGUUGGACCUCAGGGCAGAAGAAAUGCGAGCCAAAGCAAACAGCCCUCAGCCACCACUAAUGAUUCCACCCCAAGAACUUCAGCCGUGGAUACACAAGGCCAGUCUCCAACCGAAGCUAUCAGAGCAGAGGUAGCUCGCCAGGCUGAAAGGCAGACUACAGAGGCAGCCAUAGCAGCGGGUGCAGACCAAGAACUAGAUGCCCGCGGUACGUCUAUCACUGGCCUCUCCGCCAAAGCUCAGGGAAAGCUACCUGAGGUGCCGGUCAGGCAGACCCCAACGGUUCAAGCUGGACCAAGUCGGGAGCGGGAGGCGGAGUCUACAGUGAGACCAGAGGGCAGUGCUAUGAGCCAACAAAGCAGCCGCCCUGGCAACCUGGAGCCUCAAGACACACAGCGACAAGGACCGAAUGGACGCGAAAUAGCCAUAGUCAUCAGAUCCGACAUUGCUAAUGGCGUUGACUUCAUGUCUUGGAAGCCGUCAUCUUUCUUAUUCCACAUGUCUCUUGCGGCUGUGGCUAGUGAGUUGGGCUUGAGGCACGGCCGAACCCUUCACAUGUCUCUCAGAGGCCGAACGUCCAACUUGUGUGAAAAAUUCGAGGCCGGCGACGAAGACGGAUUUGAGUCUUUCAAAGAUGAGUGCCUGGGAGUUAUUAUGCAGCGACAUUCUGGUGCUGGAUCUACUCCAGUGUUGCAGAGACAACAGUUCAGGAUUUACUUUUCUGAUAAGCCCAUUUCUAUCUGA